AUGUCCCAACAGCAUCUUCAAAACUCAGAUCAUGUUAAAUUAGAAAUAUCCGGCCGUCGUCCAAGCAACUCUUUAGGCUCACGCUUUUCCUGGGUAAAGAGACUGAUGAACAGUAAACAGAAUAGCCCUUCUUAUUCAGCAAUUCCACUUGCCACAAGAAAUAGUAGAAAGAGGGCUGAUAUGACCUCGAUGGAGCUACCGAUGUCACGGAAGACACAUAAUAAGACGCAAGAGAAACAGUCAACACUUACCACUGACGUUCAGGAUAGUAUUACGGAUAAUAGUAGUACCGUUCCUAUUCUAUCUCUUUCAUCAGCAUCGUUGGGAACUAGCUCUUUGCUUGUGGAUGAUAACAAAUCUCAGGGAAGCUCAUUGACUACAUCACUUUCGGCCUCUGCCCAACUGGGUAGUAUGAGCCUCAGUCUGAACGGUACCCCUGCCAGUAAUGCAUGGGUUCUCAGUAACCAUGAUGCCGCGAGCAUUGUUACCUUGGCAAGCUCAACCAGGAAUAGAGCUCGUAGACCGAGUUUUGACACUAAUGCAUCCACUUCUGGUAUUGCACCGUCUUCUCUUAACGAACGAAUCUCAGUUGCGGCAGCAACAGGCAAUCAUGAAAGCACACAAAAUCCCUCAAUAGAUGGGAUUAUCAAUGAGAAUGAUCUGUCCCAUUUGCACACAUGUAGGUCAAGAGAAAAUUCGUCUGUCAGGAGCAUAAAAUCUCAUGCGACAGCACGCACUGGGAAAAGCUGA